CACCACCUUACACGCCCCAGAUAAGCUCAGAUGAGUUGAAGGUAAACCGGAGACAGAGCUGCGUCCAAUUUUGCAUCACAAGACUUCCAUCUACCAAAAAUGGCACACGUGUGGGAUGAUCUCGAAAGCAUGCUGAAAGCUCCCUAUCCCCCAGUGGAGAAAGGGACUAUUAAACCACAUGUUAACUUUAAAGUUAAUGAAGAUGUUGAGGCUCUGUGCAAAGCAAUUCAAGGCUUCGGUACAGACGAGAAGAUCGUGAUAGACAUACUGACCCACAGAAGUAGCAGUCAAAAACAGGCCAUUUCUAGAGCAUAUGAAGAAAAGUCAAAACGGAUUCUUGUAAAUGACCUGAAGAGCGAUACCGGUGGUGACUUUGAAGAUGUCCUUGUUAGGCUUGCAACCCUGCCUGCAGUCAAUGAUGCUAAGGAUAUAAUAAAGGCAACAAAAGGGGCUGGAACAGACAAGGAUAUCCUUAUAGAAAUAUUAGCUUCAAGGACAAAUAAACAAAUCAAGGAGCUGUCUGCAGCUUAUGCUGAUGAAACAAAGAAAACAUUAGUACAGAACCUAAAACAUGAAGUUUCAGGGGAUUUUGGCAAAGCCAUUGUUUCGCUUGCUGAGGCUGCAAGGGAUGAGAGCACCAGUGUGAAUGCAAACAAGGCUAAAGAAGAUGCACAGGCCCUCUAUAAUGCAGGAGAGAAGAAGUUUGGAACUGAUGAGUCCAAGUUUGUUGAGAUCCUCUGCAAGAGGAGCAUCCCUCAACUGAGACAAACAUUAGUGGAAUAUAAAAACAUCAGUGGCAAGACUCUGCAGAAGAGCAUUGAGAAGGAAAUGUCUGGAGAUAUGGAGGAGCUGCUGGUUGCCAUCGUGAAGUGUAUUAUGAACACUCCAGCUUACUUUGCUGAAAAACUCCAUGAUUGCAUGAAGGGAAUAGGAACACAUGAAAGGAUUUUGACCAGGAUCAUGGUCAGCCGUGCAGAAGUUGACAUGAUGGACAUCAAAGCUGAAUACAAAAAGCUCUAUCAGAGUUCACUCUACAAGCAAAUAAGUUCGGAUGUGACUGGAAACUACUGCGACUGCUUGAGGAUGAUUUGUGGAGAAUAGCACAGAAAACUCCUGACUUCAAAUAUUACACUUUACAAGUCGCUGCAAUGUAGUGCUUUAUUAUUUGUACCCUGUAAACAAAUGCAUACAAUAAGACGCCUUAAUUUUUUUCUUGCAUACAUGGUUUAAGCGAGCAAUAGUUUCUAGGGAAAUAUAUAUAAAAUGUGUUUAUGUCCAGGUUACUGUGUGAUGGUAAAACCCAAGAAAGUAUAAAUGAAGGUAAUUCUUAUUGAUUUGUGAUAGAUUUUAAACUGUUAAGGGUCUUUGUGGUAAAUUGACAAGGAAAGACUGGGCAGUAGGCUAAUGAAAGGCAUUGCUUAUUACCAAGCAACAUUAGAAAAUAUUUUUAGACUAUCCGGUCAUUGUAUUUUUUGCAAAUUGUAAAUGUUUUUGAUACAACAGAAAUCACAAAAAAUUUACACCACGUGCAUAAAAAUCACUGUAACGUGAUUUCUGGGCUACAUUUCAAAUAUCCCACUUCAUUGAUUUUUAUUGGUCUAAAUGUCACUUUUUGGUCACUAUUUUUCCAUGACUGUCUGCCUCAAUUACAUGUUGCCUAUCAAAUACCUAUCAAGUCCUGAUAAAAUGUCAUGAAUAAAAUACAAAUGUAUGAGUGCCUAUGUAACAGACGAAUGAUAUGGAGAUAAACGUUGUGGUGCUCUCAUUUAUGGUGACGUAAUGAACAUGAUGCCUGCAUUUGUGCCUUUUUAGCAAUAAAAUGAAUAAUCCCUCAGUAA